AUGAGACAGAAAAAUGAGAGCACUGUGUCUGAGUUCAUCCUCCUGGGGCUUCCCAUUUGGGAAAAGUACCAAGGCCUGUACUCUGCCCUGUUCCUGGCCAUGUACCUGACAACUGUGCUGGGGAACCUGCUCAUCAUCCUGCUAAUAAAGCUGGACUCUCACCUCCACACCCCCAUGUACUUCUUCCUCAGCCACUUGGCCUUCACAGACAUCUCUUUCUCAUCAGUCACAGCUCCAAAGAUGCUCAUGAAUAUGCUGACACACAGUCAGUCCAUCUCAUAUGCUGAAUGUGUUUCCCAGGUGUAUUUUUUCUUAUUUUUUGCAGAUCUUGACAGCUUUCUUCUGACCUCCAUGGCCUAUGACAGGUAUGUGGCCAUCUGCCACCCUCUGUACUAUACCACCAUCAUGAGUCAGAGACUCUGUAUUCUUCUAUUAGUUAUGUCCUGGGCCUUAUCUUCUGCCAAUGCUCUUGUACACACCCUUCUUUUGGCUCGCCUAGCUCACUUUAGAAACAAUACCAUCUCCCACUACUUCUGUGACCUCUCUGCCUUGCUGAAGCUGUCCAGCUCAGACACCACCAUCAAUGAGCUGGUCAUUCUUGUUUUAGGUAAUGUGAUCAUUACCCUGCCAUUCAUAUGCAUUUUGGUCUCUUAUGGCCGAAUAGGGGUCACCAUUCUGAAAAUUCCUUCUAUCAAGGGUAUCUACAAAACCUUGUCCACAUGUGGCUCUCACCUCUGUGUGGUUUCCUUGUAUUAUGGAGCCAUCAUUGGACUAUAUUUUGUACCCUUAUCUAAUAACACUAAUGAACAGGAUGUAAUUGUGGCUGUGAUGUACAAUGUGAUCACACCCAUGCUGAAUCCCUUUAUUUAUAGUCUUAGGAAUCGGGAUAUGAAAAAAGCACUGAGAAAUAUCCUCAGCAGGAGACUGUUUUCACAGUGA